AUGAACGAAAAAGUUAUGCUCAAGUUCAAGCAUAAUGAUGUAUUCAGUACCCCGAUAACCACGGAAGAAAUAGUUACAACUGUGAAGAGUUUACCAAAUGGCAAAGCACCUGGAAUCGAUGGAAUUAGUUAUGAGCACAUAAAGUACCGAGGUAAGGUCGUUAUUGAUGCCUUAUUGAGACUUUUUAAUUUGAUUAUUGAGUCUGAAAAAAUUCCUGUCUGUUUCAAAUUGGCGAUUUAAAUCGGAAAGGAAAUAAAACCCAAAAGGAAAUAAAAAUUCUCGAUCAUAUGAUGACCAUCGACGGAUAAGUUUACUACCGAGUAUACAUAAAAUUCGUGAACGAAUUGUUUCAUCAAGACUACUAAGGGAACCGGAAUAUCUUCAUCACACCUUUCAGGGUGGUUACCAAAAGCAGCAAGAUGCUUUAACAACAUGUUUUACGAUUGAAGAAGUUAUUAAUCAAUGUUUGGAAGAAAAGAAAAAAGUCUAUGUUGCUUACAUGGACAUUAGGAAAGCUUUUGACACAAUGGGGAUCAAUUCUAUGCUUUUCAAAUAAUUAAUUGUAUCAUAACAAAGGCAUCUGUGGUAAAGCCUGGCGACUUAUUAGAGACAGGUAUAUAUUGAUAUGGCAGAGUUUGUGCCUAUUGAAGGGAAAAGUUCUCGAACAUACAUUAUUCAACACGGAACAAGGCAUGGGGAUGUUCUCUCGCCAUGGCUUUUCCUAGUUUUCAGUGAUGACCUGAUUGAGGAGUUACAGCGCACGAUGUUUAUCUCGGAUCGCCUAUGUUUGCAGACGACUUGACUAUGCUUUCGCGAAAGAAAUCAGGGCUGGACAAAAUGUUACAGACUUCGUGCGAAUAUAGUAACAAAUCGCAAUUUACGUUUAAUAUUGAGAAAACUGUUGUUCUAACUUAUGGUGAGAAGCAAGAAGAGCACGGUACAAAUUGCGUUAUUAGAAAAUGGAAACUUGGCUCACUGGGCAUAAGUGGAAAGGAUACAUGGUCAAAUUUGGGAAAAAUCUGGGAUAUAAACAAACAUUCUUCAGCCGCUGUUUUAAGCGCAGUCGGUAGAGGAAGGGAGGUAUGCUUCUUGGAUCUCGGUAUGGUGGAUUGAAUCCUAUCAUUGCAUCCUAUCUAUGGAAGCGGAUUGGUAUUUCUAAAUUUCUUUACGGAUCCAAACUUUGGAUAUUGAGUAAAAACGAUCUUACUGAGUUGGAACGGGUCCAAAAUAUUACGCUUCGUAUUAUGCAUGGCCUUAUCCCUGGCACAUCUGGCCGGCGGCUGGGGGACUCUUGGGAAUGUUAUCAAUCGAAGCCGAAAUUGAUAGGCGUAAACUUUAUUUCCUGGGAAGGCUGAUAAAUAUCAGUGCUGGUGUACUAUGCCGACGUGUUUUGUUCAUCAGAUUGGCUCGUUGGAAAUGGAAUCAUAGAAACAACAUGACCGGCUUUGUACCGGACAUAGUGUAUGUUUUGACAAAAUAUGAUCUUUUGGAUUAUUUGAUGGAAUUUGUCUCAACAGAUUGUUUUCCGGCGAAGAAGAAUUGGAAGAAAAUUGUUAACCUGCGUGUAUAUGAAAAAUACAAUUGCGUUUGGCAAGAGAAAAUUAAAAGAAACAAACAGUUAUAUUUCUAUUCACAGAUCAAUACUAGCAACGAAAUUUCUGAAUGGUACCUUCUUGCAAAUGAGUAUCCCAAGAACCUUCUUGAAAUAACUAAUGUCAUAAGACUGCUCUUUGAAUCAUAUAAGAUCACGGGGAAACGUGUUUGUAACCCAGUUGUACACCCAGACUUAUUCGAAAUAUGUAAAAAAAAGUUAUGUUAACCCUGUAAAUCGCGGGUUGUUGUACUGUUUAUAGCCUCACACAAUGAGAGGGAGAACCCGUGGAACUGGAUAGUGGAUAAUUUUGAAAUUGAAUCAACAGUAAAUUUAGUAGCCUUAUCUGACUCAGAUUUUAUAUUGACAAUACUAGGACAAAAUAGAGAGACAUUGGGCUUAGAUAACCAACAGAGAAAAGCAUUUUUGCUAAAAUCGGCAAACUAUACUUCAUAUUGCUUUAUAGAACCGUUAUUUCAAUAUAUAGCUGGUAACUGAAAUUAUACCAAUUAAGUGAUUGUAAUUAAUGUUGUAAUUAAUUCUUUUUUUAUUCUGUACUGUAAAAAUACUCUCCAGAAAUUGGAGGAAAAUGUGAAGGAAAAUGUCUUCGAACUAGAUCUGGUUUAGGGGAAAUUACAAAACGUUGAGCAAAGCCUUAUGAAAACAAGUGAACCUUUUGAAAAGAUCAAGAAAAAUUUGCAUACGCCGGAGACAAAGGCAAACAAUAAUGAGCCUCCGGGGGCGGCUGUGGAAGCAACAAUUAAUUUAGAUAGUGCGAGUAAAAGCACGGAGUCAAUUAAUUACACUAAGAAUGCAAAUGACACUCUAUUAAUGUGGAUGCCAAUAGCUUGAAUGAUAAAUCGAAAACAACUAAUGUAACUUGCGGUACAGCAGAUGUGAGUGAGAAUUCUCAAGUUAUCGAGUCGGACGAAGAUGUAGUGCAGAACUCGGAAGUAAAUCGUGUUGAUAGUAGUAUCAAUCGUGUUGAUAUUGAAUUUGUUGGUAUGCAGAGGAAAGCAGUUAAACGUAUAUUUCUCGGUGGUAUUAAAGUAGGUGUAACAACUCAGAAAAUCGUGCGAUAUAUGAAAGACAGAGGCAUUGAACCGACUUUUGUUCGCUUGAUGAAAAGUAAAAGAAAAAGGACAACGUCAGCAAAGACUUCGACACCGUCAAAGAGUCCAAGUUUUGGCCUGAAGGGGUUCGUGCAAGAUCGUGGCUAUCGCAAGUUAAAUGGCAAAAUAAUCUGGGAAAAGAACAUUCAGCUGAAAAAUGAAUCCUAA